AUGGGUCUAGUAGAAAGAGUACAUACAGUGGAGACCUCGAAGUCACAAGAUCAUCACAAUGCAGAUCCCUUCUCGCCACAAAAAUUCAACCCAACCCAACAACAUGAACUGUUGAAAGGAUACGAUGAGUUGUUUAUUGGUCUUGGAUGUUUGCCUGGUGAACAUACCAUUGAAAUUGAUCGUUCAUAUACCCCUGUUGUCCACCCACCAAGGAGAGUCCUGUUAGCCCUGAAAGAGCAGAUCAAAGAAGAAUUACAGAGGAUGGAAGAUGCUGGUGUUAUCGUCAAGCAAACAGAAACCACAGAUUGGGUCAACAGCAUGGUUACAGUAAUAAAACCCGAGAAAAUCCGAGUGUGUAUUGAUCCAAGAGAUCUUAAUCGAGCAAUAAAAAGAGAACAUUAUCCAAUGAAAACGAUUGAAGAAGUUGUAGCUGGAAUGCCAGAAGCAAAAGUGUUCUCCGUGUUAGACGCCAUCUCAGGAUAUUGGCAAAUGAAAUUGAAUGAAGAGAGUUGCAAACUAUGCACUUUCAACACACCGUUUGGGAGAUACCGCUUCACACGACUACCAUUCGGAAUUAAAUCGGCCCCAGAUGUUUUCCAAAAGAAAAUGUCACAGGUGUUGGAAGACAUUGAUGGUGCUGAAGCAAUAGUAGAUGACAUCCUGGUGUGGGGAAAAGAUAUCCAGGAAUAUGAUGCAAGGUUGAAGAAAGUCCUCGACCGAGUCCAAGAAGUCAACCUAAAGCUAAACCAGAAGAAGUGCCAAUAUCCCCUGAUGAAACACUCAAACUCGUUGUUUACAUAUAACAUCCAACACGAAAGAGUUAAAAACAUUUCUUGGGUUUAUCCAAUAUCUCGCAAAGUUUUUACCCAAUAUGGCCGAAGUCAGUGCACCACUUCGAAAGUUGUUGGAAAAGAACACAGCAUGGCAUUGGGAAAAGCAACAAGAAGAUAGCUUUCAACAACUCAAGAGAAUGGCACCCAGUGCCCCAGUGCUAAGUUAUUAUGAUCCCAAGAAGCCUGUUACCUUAUCUGUAGAUGCCAGUGCUGUAUCAAGAAGAAAAAGCAGUGCUGUAUCAAGACGAAAAACCAGUUGCAUAUGCCUCCAGAGCGUUAACACCAACACAGCAAAAAUAUGCACAAAUCGAGAAAGAGACUUUGGCUAUUGUAUUUGGUACAACCAAGUUUCACCAGUUCCUGUUUGGAAAAGAAAUACUUGUCACAUCAGACCACAAACCUGGUAAUCUGUGGGAAAGGAAAACUCUGAUCACAAACCAGGGAAGAUGGCGCUCUUUAGCUGUGCAAGGCAACCCAUCAGGUCAUACGAUCAAUAAUAUACAAGAAACCGAAGGUGUUAGUCGUGCUGAUGACUGGAUGGCUUAUGCGUUAUGA